ACCCUAAUAUUAGACAUACAAACUACUCCGUAUAAAUAUCCUUGUUUCAUUGUUAGGUUUUUCUCUCCAGACCAAACUGCUCCUCUCUGCGGCCGCGCCACAGCUCUUCGUCUCUCUCUAGUUUCUCUCUCUAGUUGCAGAAUGGAUUCUCAGAUCAAGCAUGCCAUUGUGGUCAAAGUUAUGGGUCGCACAGGAUCAAGAGGGCAGGUGACUCAGGUGAGAGUCAAAUUCCUUGACGAUCAGAACCGGUUUAUCAUGAGGAAUGUGAAGGGCCCGGUCAGGGAAGGCGAUGUCCUCACCCUUCUCGAGUCUGAGAGGGAGGCAAGAAGGUUGCGCUGAUGGAUUCAUAUAUAUUCCUACAUAGACCUUCAAGCUCCACUGUUUUGGAGCAUGUCUUAUCAAAAAUUUAUGUCUUUUGAGAUAUUCCCACCUAGUCCUUCAAGCUUUUGACUGUUUUGGUGCAUGUCUUAUCCAAUUUUCAUGUUUUCGUGACAUUCCCCUUAUCUGAGGAUGUUCAUGCAUUAUUGUUUGUUAUUUUUAAUGUUUGAGAAAGGAUGGUUCUUAAUGUUAGGGUUGAAUGAUUUGAAACCGUGUUUGAGAUAA